AUGGGGAAUCAAUCCAGUACCACGAAUCACAACAAGCUGUCCAAACCCAAGACCAACACCAAUUCCGCAAGUGGGGCUGUGAAGGUCGAUUCACCGCAGCCCACAACUUCGAGAUCCGCAGACCUGAGCCCUGAAGGACGCCAGCAUAUCAAAGACGCCCUCCUCUCACCUAUCGCUACCGAAUUCGAUCCUAAUACGUGGAAGCAUAAGGAUGAUGGCUUAGGGGAGGUUGCGAAGACGCGUGGUCGCGCAUCAACAGUCGCGUCAAGAUCGAAUUCGCGAACCAACUCCAGGACCAACUCCCGAACAAACUCCUUGUCGUGUUUUGGAAGUAAGCAAGGCUCAGCAGCCCAGCUUGCUGGCCUGGCGGAUUCCAAGCUGUCUUUGGCUUCUGUCUCACAUGUUGAUAUUGCUGAGGCAAUUCGGCUUCUACAACAAGUCAAGAAGAAUGGCACACCAGAAGAGCUUGCGGCGUUGCAAGAAGUCUUGGAAGCACCUGAGGAGCCUGCACAGCCAGUGGCCGAGGCACCCGUUAGUAGAAGAACUUCGUUAGUCGACAGGUCUUCUUCCUCGCUCACACGCCGACAAUCGCUAAUUCAGACGCCUGGAGUAGGCACCCGACACUCGCCAGUCGAAGGACGUCGCAGGACAUGGAAUUCGUGGAAAGCCCCCAAGCUUGACCCUGAAGAAGAGGCAAAAUGGCAAUCCAAGCCAAAGGGAAACUCCCACUUGGCCCCUCAGACAGCUCUGCGUUUGUCUGACGAAGCUCAUGACUCCACUACGGCUCGAGCCAUCACCCCUUCAGAGCUCGACUAUGCGCAUCUAGGGAGUUUAAAGCUAGGAACUCUCGUAGUCACAAAUGGAGCAGCGUCGCCCGCUCCCAGCACAAAGACCCUAGAGGUGCAAAGGGCUGUAGAUGACGACUACUUCUCAGCAACAGAGGCCAACUCCAGUCCACUGAUGAUGAAGUCGACACGUCGGCGGGCUCACACCAGGAGCAAGUCAGCUGUGGCCCCAACGCCUUCUCCACUCUAUGAAUUAGAAGCGAACCAAAUGCCUAUACCUUACGAUCCAAGAACUACGGCAAGUGUCAUUACGAAUGAGUCUGUCUCUUCUUCAAGGGCGCCAAAACCGAUUACCGAAGAAGAGUCUCCAAAGUUCUUCCAAACAUCGCACGAGCGCAAGCACAGCGCAUCUCAAAUUGCCGAGAGCUAUCAAGCCGGCAUACCAUUCAGCCCGUUCUUCGCAUCCGAGGAGACUGCCAUGUUUUACCGGCCCGAAAACUGCGUUUCGUCUACGGCGGGAACACCUCGCAGCGUCCGGGAGUCUUUCCUUGAAGAACCCAAGUCUCAGCCUGAAAUCAAAGUUUCGAUGCCUUCCACACCAUCAGAUGUGCUUGUUUCGCAGAAGCCACAGAGCAAGGCUAUUCAACGACCAACACCACGAACGACUGAUUCUGGUUACUCAUCUGGAGCCAGUCUCCGGAUAGCCGAUCGAGAACAGUCGGAAAACUCUACCUCAAUACUCUGUCACCGAUGUAGCGAUUCUCCACAAAUGGUUGAUGUGAGCCAGGAACAAGGCACUCGACCUUCAAUCCUUGCAAAGAAGGGUCAUCAGGAUGCCGACUUAGCGCCUCCAAAGGGCGAUGUGGAACAUCAUGCACAAAUGGCCCGACACCUACCAGCGCUGAACAGCCCGGUUCCGUCUACGAGCUCUUCUACAAGAUCCUCGGCGUCGGAGUCUCUGCACUCACCCAACACGCCUAGAUCUAUCGGUUCAAAAGCAUCAUUCGACAGUGCAUCUUCGAAAUCCCAGAAGCGUUUCCACAAGAGACGGCAGUCGCAGCCGGAGCAUGUAAUCGUUCAGUCAUGCCAGCCGAUUCCAGAAGGAACAAUUCCUGAGGUCCCAACCAAGGUGCGUGCCAAGUUCGAACGACGCGUAUCAAAUACUCCGGGAAUCGAAUGCCUGACGCACACCUAUCCAACAAAAGAACACGUUGUUACAGAAGAGCCUGCCAACCAGGCCCUUGCUGCCGACCAAAUCGAGUUCAAGCAAUUGGCUGAGUUGGAGCCUGAGCGACCACCUACGCCCCCCGUUCAUGGUCGUCGAAAGAGUCUAUCGUUCUUUCGGAGGAAGUCUUCAUCCGGGAAGAGUCAGGUUGAGAAAGAACCCGAGCAUGCCGCACUUGAUGUGGUUCAUCUGGGCACUAUCACUUCGUCCCUAGGCAACUCUCCGUAUGAUAUUGCUAUGCCCGACACUCAAAGACAGAGCAUUACCUCUCCCACCCACCCGCACCAACUGGGCAGUUCCUUGCCUCGCGCGAAGUCCAUGGUGAGCAUGGACAGCAAGGCUGCUGCGGAAUUUGCGCGUCUACAUAGCAAGGAUCUACCAGUUGCUGGACGGGGAUCGCCUCCUCAGCAGCGACGGAAAAGCUGCCAUAACCUGAAGAAGGAAGCCGGCGAGGCCACUGCUUCGAAACUUCGCCGGCAGAGUAUCGACGUGCCACCUGUGCCCUCCAUCGAUAUGUCCAAACUCACAGUUCCGAAACCUGCUAAGCCUCAAGGACCCAGGGCCGCUCCCAGCUCUAGUCCUCGCAGUCAAAGAGCGUCUCAGCCGAUGGGCAAAUAUGACUCACCCCCGCAGAAGCCUUCUCAGCAACCUGUGAGCUGGGAGGUGCACUCCCAGAUUUGGAAGCAGCGCCGUAGGACUUUGGGGGACCGGCUGUAUUCAGAUGUCGACUUGGAUAUAGAAUCAGAAUCGGAGCUCACAGUGGUCAAUACAACUCCAGUGGAGACCACUCCUCAGACGACACCUCCAAAAGAAGUCAAGGUUUCCAACAAUAUGUCUAGAUGGGAUCGCUUCAGUGGGGGUUUGGAGUACAACUACGAACACGGGGCAGGCAUUGGAGGCAGCGCAGGUACGCGAUCCCUCCACAGCCACGCAUCGGUGAAGUCGUUGCAGUUCCAGCACCAGUACGGCGUGGACCUCUCCGAUGUACCAAUCAUGGUUCGGUACCAAACAUGA